UUUGGCUGCAAACUAGGAGCAGUGGCUCUGCCCCAGCAUUUGCGUGAAUUACUCUAGCACAGUUGCAGAGCAUCACCGUUCAUCUCUGACACUGGAUGCCCAAAUUCAGAGGACCCCUCCUUCCCACAAUCCCACUUGGAAUAGAUAUGCUGCUUCUUGCACCCUACGUGCAUCAAGUAGUGCCGGUCUGCCGGAACACAUCUCCCGGGCUUGCUCUGAAGCUAACUGAGAGCAGAUAGAGGGAGAUGACCUCGAAAUGGAGCUCUGGCGUCCGUGGCCUUGUGCUCUCCAUGCUGCUGUCUCUUCUAGUCGCGUCGGCCGGAGCCCAGCAAGCAUCACCCAGAAGCACAGAUCCAGUCGAAGUGAACGCGCUGAACGCGGUGUUCGAAAAACUCGGGCUGAAGCUGUGGCCGGCAUGGAUCAGCGGCGACCCGUGCGUCGGCGCGGCCACGAACGGCACCAACAUCGACAUUUACCAGGACGUGAACCCGGGCAUCAGGUGCGACUGCUCCGACCACGACAACACCGUCUGCCACAUCGUCCAGCUGAAAAUUUUCGACUUGAAUGUGACCGGUCCUAUUCCAGAAGCCCUGAGGAACCUCGCGCGAUUAACCAAUUUGAAUUUGCAGCAAAAUUACUUAACAGGGCCUAUACCAUCGUUCCUUGGGGAAUUGACCAAGUUGCAGUACCUGAAUCUUUGUGGCAACGCAUUAUCGGGAUCUGUUCCAAAGGAGCUUGGGAACCUUGUGAAUCUCAUAAACCUGUGUUUAGGCACGAACAACUUAAAUGGUUCCCUUCCUUCUGAAUUGGGGAACCUGGUUAAACUUGAGGGACUGUAUAUUGAUAGUGCUGGCUUAAGCGGUCCUAUACCAUCAUCAUUUUCUAAGCUUACAAGCAUGAAACGAUUGGUUGCAUCAGAUAAUGAAUUUACUGGACGACUGCCAGAUUACAUUGGGAGGUGGAGUAAUUUACAAGUUUUGAGAUUUCAAGGCAACUCGUUUCAAGGUCCAAUUCCAACCACUCUUUCUAAUCUUGUCAACCUGACAGACAUACGAAUAGGUGAUAUACUAAGUGGGAGCUCUUCACUGGCAUUCAUUAGUAACAUGACAUCUUUGAACACCCUAAUUUUGAGGAAUUGCAGGAUAUCUGAUAGUCUGGCAUCAGUAAACUUUUCACGAUUUGCAACAUUAAAUUUACUGGAUUUGAGUUUUAACAAUAUCACAGGCCAAGUGCCGCAAGCCCUACUGAAUCUCAAUUCGCUCAACUUCUUAUUUCUGGGGAAUAAUAGCCUUUCAGGAAGCCUUCCAAGCUCUAAAGGACCUAAUCUCAAAUACUUAGACUUUUCUUACAACCAGCUCUCAGGAAGCUUUCCUUCUUGGGCUAGUCAGAAUCUGCAAUUGAAUCUGGUGGCAAACAAUUUCGUGAUCAACAACAGCAGUCACAGUGUCUUACCUUCGGGGCUGGGGUGCCUUCAGCGAAAUACAUCCUGUUUGCUUGGCCCUUCACUUUCUACCUCCUUUGCUGUGGACUGUGGGAGCAAUAGAUCUAUUUCUGGUUCAGAUAAUUCCAUGUAUCAGCCUGAUGUUGCCAACGUUGGACCUGCAUCAUACUAUGUUACAGAAGCCCGAACAUGGGGUGUUAGCAAUGUCGGGAAGUUCAUGGAUGCAUCAAACAGUAGCUACAUUAUCCAUAGCUCAAGCAAGUUUCUGAAUACUUCAGAUCCAGAACUGUUUCAGACAGCAAGGAUGUCGCCAUCUUCUUUGAGAUACUAUGGUGUUGGACUUGAGAAUGGAAACUACGCGGUCACACUUCAGUUUGCAGAGUUUGCAUUCGAAGACUCAAAGACUUGGACAAGUUUAGGUAGGAGGGUUUUUGAUAUCUAUGUCCAGGGUGAGCUUAAGAAGCAGGAUUUCGACAUAAGGAAGGAAGCAGGCGGGAGAUCUUACAGUGUUGUCAAGGUGCAGUGUACCGUUCCAGUCACUAGAAACUUCCUCGAGGUUCAUCUCUUCUGGGCUGGCAAGGGAACAUGCUGCGUACCAAGUCAAGGCCACUAUGGGCCUGCAAUCUCAGCUUUGAGUGCAACUCUAAUAACUACACCGGAGAAGAAUAUUAAAACUGGUGUAAUUGUUGGAGCCGUGGUUGUUGCAGUAGUUUUCGGACUAGUUGUACUUGCUGGACUCUAUGUGUGCAGGCACAAAAGGAGAAAAGUAACGUCGGAGCAGCAAGAGCUCUACAGUAUUGUUGGAAAACCUAAUAUAUUCAGUUACAGUUAUAGUGAACUAAGGAGCGCUGCUGACAAUUUUAGUUCCAGUAACCUUCUUGGUGAAGGAGGAUAUGGGUCAGUUUAUAAGGGUAAACUAACUAACGGCAGCGUGGUGGCAGUGAAGCAGCUAUCUGAAACAUCUCGCCAAGGGAAGAAGCAAUUCAUAGCCGAAAUAGAAACCAUUUCCCAAGUGCAACACCGUAAUCUCGUGAAGCUGUACGGUUGCUGCCUUGAGGGUGAUAAACCACUGCUGGUUUAUGAGUAUCUGGAGAAUGGAAGCCUUGACAAAGCAUUGUUUGGAAGUGGAGGAUUGAACCUAGAUUGGCCAACACGGUACGAAAUAUGCUUGGGUAUUGCAAGAGGCCUGGCUUAUCUCCAUGAAGAGUCUAGCAUCCGAGUUGUGCACAGGGACAUAAAGGCUAGCAAUGUCUUGCUUGAUGCCAAUCUCAACCCUAAGAUCUCAGAUUUCGGGCUCGCCAAACUCUGUGAUGACAAGAAGACACAUGUCAGCACAAAAGUUGCUGGUACAUUUGGCUAUCUGGCACCUGAGUAUGCCAUGAGAGGUCAUAUGACUGAGAAAGUUGAUGUUUUUGCUUUUGGUGUGGUCAUGUUGGAGAUUAUAACCGGAAGGCCAAACUAUGACGACAGGCUUGAUGAAGACAUGGCUUAUCUUUUAGAAUGGGUCUGGCAGCUUUAUGAGGAAGACCAUCCCCUCGACGCUGCGGACCCCAGGCUCACCGAAUUCAACAGCGACGAGGUGCUCCGUGCCAUCCGCAUUGCCCUCCUGUGCAUCCAGAGCUCACCCCGGCAGCGGCCGGCCAUGUCGAGGGUGGCGUCGAUGCUCGCCGGGGACGUCGAGCUGGCCGAGGCGAUCACGAAGCCCAGCUACGUCAUCGAGUGGCAGAUGAACUCGUCUAGGGGGCAGUCGUCGUCGACCUCCAGGGGCAGGGAGACCACCAAGUCCUCGUCGCCUUUCCUGAGCUCCGGCACGGACGACGAAAGACGCUGAUACAGCCAUCAUCAGAGCCUCAGAGGUUCAAAUCAGCUUCUGUCAAGCUACUGCACGGGGACUAUUCCGUUGAUGAAUUGGUACGAAUUCCUACGGGUCGUCCACGGUAAACAUUUCAUUCCAACGUACAGCCUCGAUGACACCGUUGGGUUAGGUGGAGCAGAGAGACAAUAAAGAAACGAGACUUCUAGCCUCCUCGCUUUCUGUAGCCUCGAUGUUACCUUUCUGUGUGUAAAUGCUAGAAAUAUGUAUUAUCUUUAAUGUUUUCCGCUUUCUGAAACUGAAA